AUGAAGGUGCUUGUGCUAGCUCUCACUGUGGCCUUUGUGGCCGGGUACCAGGUCAGCUUUGUCCCAGAGUUUGCUACUGGAAAGACCUAUGUGUACAAAUAUGAAGCUGUGCUCAUGGGCGGUCUUCCUGAGGAGGGUCUGGCACGUGCUGGAGUGAAAAUCCAGAGCAAAGUUUUAAUCAGUGUAGAAGCUGCAGACACCUUCAUUUUAAAGCUUUUAGACCCUGAAAUCUUUGAGUACAGCGGCAUCUGGCCCAAGGAUGCUUUCAUCCCAGCCAGCAAGCUCACCACCGCCUUGGCUGCUCAGCUCUUAACUCCCAUCAAGUUUGAGUAUACCAGCGGUGUUGUCAGCAAGGUGUUUGCACCUGCUGGUGUCUCUGAAACUGUCCUGAACAUCUACAGGGGAAUCCUCAACAUCUUCCAGCUGAACAUCAAGAAGACUCAGAACGUCUAUGAGCUGCAAGAGCCUGGAGCUCAGGGUGUGUGCAAGACCCACUAUGUCAUCAGUGAGGACACAAAGGCCGACCGCAUCAUGCUGACCAAGACCAAGGACCUGAGCCAAUGCCAGGAGAGAAUAAUUAAGGACAUUGGCUUGGUUUACACCGAGAAAUGUGUUGAGUGUGAAGCUAGAGGAAAGGCCAUGAAGGGAACUGCCGCUUUUAGCUACAUCAUGAAGCCGGCAGCCACAGGUGCCCUUAUCUUGGAGGCAACUGCUACAGAGCUCAUCCAGUUCUCACCUUUCAACAUUCUGAACGGUGCAGCCCAGAUGGAGGCCAAACAAGUCCUGACCUUCCUGGAGAUUGAGAAGACCCCACUGGAGCCCAUCAGAGCUGACUAUCUGCACCGUGGAUCCCUGCAGUACGAGUUUGGCAGUGAGCUUCUUCAGACACCCAUCCAGCUUCUGAGGAUCAGCAACACCGAGGCUCAGAUUGUUGAGAUUCUCAACCACAUUGUGACCAACAAUGUGGCCAAGGUCCACGAAGAUGCCCCUCUGAAGUUCAUUGAGCUCAUCCAGCUCAUGCGUGUGGCCAGAUAUGAGAUCAUUGAGGCCCUCUGGACUCAGUUCAAAGCAAGACCUGACUACAGACACUGGAUCCUGAAUGCAAUCCCUGCCAUUGGUUCUCAUGCUGCUCUCAAGUUCUUCAAGGAGAAGUUCAUGGUUGAUGAGCUGACGAUGGUGGAAGCUGCUCAAGUCCUCCUGUCAUCUGUGCACAUGGUGACCGCUGAUCUGGAGGCCAUCAGGCUUAUUGAGGAGCUGGCUGCGGAGCGCAAGAUCCUGGAAAACCCAGUUCUGCGUGAGAUUGUCAUGCUGGGCUAUGGUACCCUGGUUGCUAAAUACUGUACAGAGCACCCAACCUGUCCUGCUGAGCUUGUGAGGCCCAUCCAUGAACUUGUUGUCCAGGCUGUUGCCAGAGGAGAAACUGAGGAACUUGUUCUUGCUCUCAAAGUUAUGGGUAACGCUGGACACCCUGCCAGCCUUAAGCCAAUCAUGAAGCUCCUGCCCGGCUUUGGCAGCGCUGCCACUAGUCUGCCCCACAGAGUUCACAUUGAUGCUGUUCUGGCCCUGAGGAACAUUGCCAAGAAGGAGCCCAAGAUGAUCCAAGAAACCGCUGUUCAGCUGUUCAUGGACAAGGCCCUCCAUCCAGAGCUGCGUAUGGUUGCUGCAAUUGUGCUGUUUGAGACCAAGCUUCCCAUGGGUCUGGUCACUACUCUGGCUGAUGCCCUCCUGACAGAAACAAAUCUGCAGGUCGCUAGCUUUGUCUACUCCUACAUGAAGGCCAUGACCAAAAGCACUGCCCCUGACCUUGCCUCUGUUGCUGCCUCCUGUAAUGUUGCUGUGAAGAUCUUGAGCCCAAAAUACGACAGACUGUGCUACCACUUCAGCAAAGGGCUCUACUUUGAUGCCUACCACAGCCCUUGGAUGAUGGGUGCUGCUGCCAGCGCCUUCUACAUCAACAAUGCUGCCACUGUUUUGCCAAGAGGUGUUCUGGCCAAAGCUCGUACCUACUUCGCAGGAGCUUAUGCUGACGUGUUUGAGCUCGGUGUGAGAACCGAGGGAAUCCAGGAGGCUCUCCUGAAACAUCGCCAGGCUAAUGAGGACACUGACAGGGUCACCAAGAUGAGACAAGUUAUGAGGGCUAUUUCUGAAUGGAGGGCUCAUCCUUCAAGCCAGCCCCUGGCCUCUGUGUAUGUGAAAUUCUUCGGACAGGAAAUUGCAUUUGCCAACAUCGACAAAGCAAUUGUUGACCAGAUCAUUGAGCUUGUCAGUGGACCAGCUAUUCACACACAAGGAAGGAAAGUUCUGGAUGGUCUGCUGUCUGGUUUUGCGCUGCAUCAUGCUAAACCACUUCUGGUUGCUGAGGUGCGUCGCAUCCUUCCCACCACUGUUGGUCUGCCUAUGGAGCUUAGUUUCUACACUGCUGCAGUGGCUGCUGCUUCGGUUGAAUUCCAAGCUGAUGUGACACCACCUCUGCCUGAGAACUUCCAUGCUGCUCAACUUUUGAAGUCUGAUAUCAACAUGAGGGCUGCCAUUGUUCCAAGUGUUUCCAUGCAUACCUACGCAGUUAUGGGAGUAAACACAGCUUUCAUCCAGGCUGCUCUGCUAUCAAGAGCCAGAGUCCACACAAUUGUUCCUGCCAAGAUGGAAGCAAGAAUUGACAUGAUUAAGGGCAACUUCAAGCUUCAGCUGCUGCCUGUUCAAGGAAUCGAUAAGAUUGCAUCUGCACUUGUUGAGACUUUCGCUGUUGCAAGAAAUGUGGAAGACCUCGCAGCUGCCAAAUUCACACCUGUGAUUCCAGCUGAACUUUCAGCACAGCUGUCAAGAGAGACCUCCAGGAUGAUAUCUUCUCUGGCUGGUGACGUGUCUGCAUCUUCUGAAAUUCUUCUCUUUGACCUGCAUGAAAAAAUUCCCAGCAAACUGAAACUACCCAAGGCUUUCGAGAAGAAAAUGUGUGCCGCAAUUGAAACCUUUGGAAUCAAGGCAUGCACUGAGAUUGAAUCUCGUAAUGCUGCUUUCAUCAAAGACUGCCCACUCUACGCCAUUAUUGGAAAACAUGCCGUCUUUGUUGAGGUUGCUCCAGCUGCUGGACCAGCCAUUGAGAAGAUUGAAAUUGAGGUUCAGGUUGGAGAUAAAGCAGCAGAAAAGAUCAUCAAAGUGAUUAACCUGAGUGAAGAAGAGGAAGUCCUGGAGGACAAGAAUGUCUUGCUGAAACUUAAGAAAAUCCUGGUUCCUGGUCUGAAGAAUGCCACAGCCUCCAGCUCAAGCUCCAGCAGCUCUCGGUCUGUCAGCUCUUCCUCCAGCAGCCGCUCCCGUUCCAGGAGCUCCCGUUCAAGCCUCUCCUCCUCUGUUUCAUCCAAGUCCUCCUCUAGCUCUUCGUCUCGCCCUAAGAGCAAGACAGUCGACCUUGUGGCUCCCACCAGCAAGACACCAAAGAGAGUGCAGAGCAGCUCCAGCAGUUCCUCUAGAAGCUCCUCUAGCAGUCGAUCAAGCCGUCGCUCAAGCAGCUCCUCCAGCGUCAGCUCAAGAAGCUCCUCUAGCAGCCGUUCCCUCAGCUCCAGCUCCAGCUCCUCAAGAUCCAGCUCCCUGUCCAAGCAACAACUGUUUGAGAUGGCAUUUACCAAGAACCACAUCCACCAGCAUGCCCUCUCCACAGCUCGCACCAACAGCAAGAGCAGUGCUUACAGCUUUGAAAGCAUCUACAAUAAGGCCAAGUACCUCGCAAGUGAAGUCUCUCCAGCUGUGACCAUCCUUGUCCGUGCUGUGAGAGUUGAUCACAAGCCUCAGGGAUACCAGAUCGCAGCUUACUUUGACAGAGCAACCGCCAGACUUCAGCUUAUUUUUGCCAACUUGGCCGAGGAGGACCACUACAGAAUCUGCGCUGAUGGCGUGAUGCUGAGCCACCACAAGCUAAUGGCCAAGAUUGCAUGGGGUAUUGAGUGCAAAGAGUACGAGACUGAGAUCACAGCUGAGACUGGAGUUGUCGGUAAAGAGCCUGCUUUCCGCCUGAAGCUGACCUGGGACAAACUUCCAAAGAGCAUGAAACGCUACGCUCAGGAGCUUUCUGAGUACAUCUCCCGCAUUGCUAAGGAAUUUGAAAUAAACCUGGCAAAGGUCAAGAACGUGCGUAAGGAGGUCAAACUGAGCGUGGCUGUUGCGACUGAAACAAGCGUGAAUAUUGUGCUGAAGACACCAAAGAGGACCAUGUAUAAACUUGGUUUGAGUCUCCCUAUUUCUCUGCCAUUUGGACAAACUGCUGCUGAGCUGAGAGCAUACCAGGACAACUGGGCUGAUAAGAUCUCCUAUAUGAUCACCAAGGCACAUGCAGCUGAGUGCACCAUGGUCAAUAACAGACUGGUCACAUUUAACAACAGGAAGUACAAGAAUGAGAUGCCUCACUCAUGCUACCAGGUCUUGGCUCAGGAUUGCACAUCAGAGCUUAAAUUCAUUGUUCUGUUGAAGAGGGAUCAUACACAAGAACAGAACCUGAUCAGUGUAAAGGUUGCAAACAUUGAUGUGGACAUGUAUCCAAAGGACAAUGCUGUCAUGGUGAAGGUCAAUGGAGUAGAAAUUCCCAUCAGCAGCCUGCCAUACAUGCAUCCAGAAGCUAAAAUUCAGAUCAUUCAGAGAGGUGAGGGACUUGCACUCCACGCUCCAAGCCAUGGUCUCCAGGAGGUCUACUUUGAUCUGAACACAUGGAAGGUUAAAGUUGUGGACUGGAUGAGGGGACAGACAUGUGGACUCUGUGGAAAGGCUGACAGUGAAAUUAAACAGGAGUACCGCACACCAAACAAACGCCAGACAAAGAACGCACUCAGCUAUGCUCAUUCCUGGACUAUACCUGCACAGAGCUGUAGGGAUGCCUCAGAGUGCUACAUGAAGCUUGAAUCUGUGAAACUAGAGAAGCACGUCAUGCUCCAUGGCGAAGAGUCUAAAUGCUACUCUGCUGAGCCUGUGCUGCGCUGCCUGCCUGGCUGCAUGCCGGUCCGGACCACCAAUGUCACUGUUGGCUACCACUGCCUGCCUGUUGAUACUAACCUGAGCCGAUCUGAGGCUAUGAGAGGUAUCUUUGAGAAGAGCAUCGACCUGAGGGAAACAGCAGAAGCCCACCUGGCCUGUCGCUGCACACCUCAGUGUGCUUAA